AUGAAAUCUGAUAGUGACUUUUCAUCAGUGGUAGUAAACGAUGAUGAAAUAGACGGUGAGGAUACAUUAAGUGGUGGUAGUGAUAAUAGCAAAAUGAGUAAAAGAGAAGGUGGAUAUAAAUCACUUGAAAAAGUUCGUUUAUCAUCAUCAUUACAUCAUCGUGAUGGUACAACAUUUACACCUGUAUCAUCAUCACAACGACAAAAUUACAUCGAGGAACCGGAAUCAGAAUCAUCAUCAUUAUCAAAUCGGAAAAAUCGAACCGAUAAAGCAUUGGUACGACGUAUUACAAAUGAAUUACAAGUAGCACAAUUAGAAAAGGAAAAAAUGAAAGCAAAUGGUGAUACUCUUAAAGUUGCAUCAAAAAUUAGUAAGAUUUUAAAAUAA